AUGCCGUCCGAGUCGUGCCGCUGGUACCCGGAUACAGUGACGCACCACAAGCAAGGUGACAGCUACACCGUCUCUCGCGGCCGCAACCACAAUCCGUUCGACUUGGCCACCUGCGAUGCCCGCAUCAUCGAGUACGCGCGUACCAACCGCCAUGAGGCGAAGGCGUCUGCUGUUAUUAACGAACUGCACCCCCAGUUUAGAGGCCUGGUGCGCGGGGUGACAUGCGAGUUUUUGCUACGUUCGUCCAUCACGCAACUCGGUGUCAACGCCGUGAACAUCGAGAUUGACAUUGAUCCUAAGCAGCGCCGCGCCAUUAUUACGAUGGAUCUCGUCGCCCUGGCUCCUCUCGCGGUGCUCAUGCUGGACUACAUUGCUGUUGGUGCCCACGUCGGCAAGCUCUUCGCGUUGGAGUCGAACCGCGUGGUACGCAAUAUGGACUAUAUUACUCGUCUCCUGAACGCUGUGAACCAGCGUGGCCAGCCGCUGCUAGUGUAUGGCACCGAUGAGGCGCCGAACUGGGACCUGAAAAUUGUGGAUGGCCGCGCGGUGGCGUACCUUCCCGUGCUGCCUGGAACGUUCACGUAUAGCGGCGAGAUUCAUGGGUUACUGCCCACGAUCGGAAUGGCGCUGCGCAAGGGUACCGCGUACAAAGACCUCAUCCGCCUGCAUCAGCAGUUCCACGAAGGCUACACGCGCGUGGCCGCAUCGUUGGGGGUGCUGAUGGUGCGUGGGCACGCCAUGCACUUCCGCACUGUAUUUGGUCGCGUGGUGGAUAACCUUUUGCCGAAAGGGCUGCACUCCAUGAGCUCUCGGCUCAUUGAGCCGGAGGAGGGCCUGGCGGACGCCCACUCUCGGGAGCGCGUGUUCGUUUUCUACGGCGACUCAGUUGACGAGCUCACCCACGUUCCCAUUGAGUUCUACACGCUAGAAUCGUACCGUGAGCAGGUGCCCUUCUCACUGCGCAAGACGCUGGCGGACCGCUGCAGUACAACGAGCAGCAUUCUGCGCGCCUUCAAGAGUGCGCCGAAGGGUGACCUGCCGUGCUGCGCGUACGUCUGUAAGGGCGGCCAGUUCACGGAGAUGCGCGAGGACGACUGGAUCGUAGCGGACCCGAAGCAGACAACAUACGUCGGGAUCGAGAAUCCGGUGGAGCAGCAGGAACUGGUGCAGCGGUACACGUAUCAGCAGUGUGAGUAUGCGAUCCUCUCUGCGAUUGCGAUUGAUGACAUCACGAGCGACGGUGUUCUUUUCACCCGCUACUUCCCAUCGCCGUGCUUAAAAUCCCUCAUUCUCUCGCGAGCGGUGUGUAAGAAGCUGCGCGCUAUCUUUUUCACCAGGGCAUCGCGCCACUACGGCUCCUUCUUUAGCCAGGAGGAUGCGGCGAUGCUAGGCGACCUCAACACGUUCGGCAUCGGCGUCUUUGAGGUCAAUGAACAGAAAGGGGAGGUAUACCAGUACAUUCGUCGCCCCGGCCGCGACAGCGGCGCCUUCGUUCCUCUCGAGCGUCGUCAGGAGUACCUCAGCGCCACUUUCUUUGGUGUGUACGGCUCAAACCUCAUAGCGGGUGACUUCGAGGCGGAGCUGAUGACAUUGCUGAGCGGCAUCCUGCACAUCCGUAAGACAUGCCAGCAUCCGCUCUUGAAUGAGAAGAAGCCGCUAGCGCUCGUAACGGGCGGAGGUCCUGGCGCGAUGGAGGUCGGCAACCGUGUGGCCAAGUCCCUCGGCAUUCUCUCGUGUGGGCUCAUCGUCGACUUUGGCAGCGUGGCUGCGAAGCCGGGUGCCACCAUCAACGAGCAGAAUCAGAACCCGUACGUGGAGGCUCACUUCACGUACCGCGCUGACAAACUCGUGGAGCGGCAGUCGGACUUUAACUUAGACUUCCCCAUCUUCCUCACCGGUGGCAUUGGCACGGACUUCGAGUACGCCUUGGAGGAGGUGCGCCGCAAGGUGGCGACGGUGCCACCCUACCCGGUUAUUCUCUUUGGCACGACGGAGCACUGGGGCGCCAAGAUCUCUGGUCGCUUCCAAGCUAACCUGCAGAGCGGAACCAUCAGGGGAUCGGAGUGGAUCUGCACCGUGCCGUGGGUCGUCUCCACUGGCGCGGAGGCGCUAGAGGUGUACCGACACUUCUUUGUGGGCAACCUGCCGGUGGGGCCAAACCAACCCACAAAUGAUCGUGGGUUUAUGGUGGCAGCCGAGUACUUAGCAAAAGCGAAAUAA